AUGUCAAGGUCAAACAGAUUUGCUCAUAUUCUGCACUUUGGUGUGGAUCUUAGACCUCUUUAAAAAAUAUUUUGCCGCUCUGGAUAAUGGCAUCUGCCAAAUGCAGUAAAUGACAUGAAACAGUUUGUAAACAUCAUCCUAAUUUCUUUAGUGCUUGGCCAUGAGCAGAUGCCUUUGGAGAUGUGCUGUAAAAAUGGGAGAGAAUAUGGUCUGAAGAAUCAGCACUGUGCUUUCUUUCCCUUCUCCCCCUCCUCCAUCUGCAGGAUGGCUCAGAAGCAAUGCUGUCACGCUGCACUGAAGGAAAAUCUCUGUACCAACGGCAUGAAAAGUGCCAAAAGAACUGGAGUGUGUGACUUCUUAUUUCAGACAGACUCCUAUAAAGUCAACACUGCCAAGAUGUGCUGUGAGUGCUGUGUGCUCGGGCUGCUGGCUCAGAAAGAGAAUUAUACCUGUGAGCUGCACAUUUCUGUCACUGUUCACUGCAGGAAUGUUGCACGUGCGUGCUGUGUAGAAAAACAACGUGGAUUAACUCACCAAGUGUCACCUCUGCUGAAUAACACCAGCAACGGCGUUGGAGGUAAUACCCAGGGAAUUGACUUGUGUGCAGAAGGAGUAACAAGAUGCUCUCAGCUUUGUGUGGGUAAUGGUUCUUGUGACUGCCUGAGAGGUUUCCACCUUAAAUCUGAUGGCUAUAACUGUGAGGAUUACAAUGAGUGUCUGUCGGGCGCUCAUAGCUGCAGGCCAGGUGAGAGAUGCAUCAACACUGAGGGCUCAUACCGCUGUCAGAGAGAAACCGGCUGUGGCACAGGAUAUGAGCUGACUAACACCAAUACCUGCCAAGAUAUCGAUGAAUGUCUGCUGGAAACUCAUAACUGUGGACAUGAAUUCAUGUGUCAGAACACUGUUGGGUCAUUUCGCUGCCAUCCCCGAUAUCAGUGUGGGGUCGGAUUUAUCCAGGAUGCUGUCGGAAACUGCAUUGACAUAAAUGAGUGUUUCCAUGAUAAGAGCCCAUGCCAACCUGAUCAAACAUGUGUAAACACCGUGGGUUCCUACACAUGCCAGAGGUUCUCAGUGACCUGUGGACGUGGUUAUCACUUGAACAAAGAGGGCACACUCUGCAUAGAUGUGGAUGAGUGCAACAGACCAGACAGUGGCUGUCAGGGCCAUGACUGUGUAAACCUUCUGGGCUCUUUCCGCUGUGACUGUCGUUCUGGAUUUGUGUUUAAUAGCAUCAGCAAAUCCUGCGAGGACAAUGAUGAAUGCAGGAUCUAUCAGGGGCACCUGUGUGCUCAUAAAUGUGACAACACUCCAGGAUCGUACCUGUGCAGCUGUCAUCCUGGGUUUAAGCUGGCCAGUGAUGGCAAGAGCUGUGAAGAUGUGGAUGAAUGUAAGAACAGCCCAUGUAGCCAGGAGUGUGUGAAUGUUUAUGGCUCCUACCAGUGUUACUGUCACCGUGGCUACCAGCUCAACAACACCGACGGACAUACAUGUGAAGAUAUUGAUGAAUGUGCCUUGACCUCUGGGGGUAAAGUUUGCUCGUAUCAUUGCUUGAACACACCUGGUAGCUAUGAAUGUACCUGUCCCCCAACAGGCUACUCACUCUCCCCCACUGGACGCACCUGCUUGGACAUUGAUGAGUGUGCAACAGGAACGCACAACUGUUCUGCUACACAGAGCUGCUUCAAUAUCUUGGGUGGAUUUCGCUGCUUGACGUUUGAGUGUCCACCCAAAUACCGGCAUGCAACAGAGAGUCACUGUGAACGCUUGCCUUGUGAGCAGAAUAAUGAGUGCCUGACCCUGCCCCUGAGAAUCUCCUUUUACAAUCUCACAUUUCCCAAAAACAUCCCCAUACCUGCUGCUGUUUUCCGCAUGGGGCCAUCCAGUUCUGUGCCUGGGGACAACAUCCAGCUUCUUAUCGUGGAUGGUGAUGCAGAAGGAUUCUUUAGCAUCCAGAAAACAGCUCAUGGUGCAGUGGUGUCUGUGCAGCGACCACUGCCAGAACCCCGGGACUUCCUGCUCACUGUGGAAAUCAGGCUGAUUCGAUAUGGCAUCACAAGCAUUUUCGUGGCUAAGAUUGCUGUUUUUGUUGUUAAUGACUAGCCCAGUGUUCCCAACAGCUGGCCAAAACCUUAGUGCUUCUUUACCUUAUAAAAAAAAACAACUUAAUGAAACUACUGUGUCUUAUUCAUUUUAGUAUUAUAGCAUAAAUGUAGCCACUGGAGCUAUGACAGCCUUUAUAUUUGUUUUAUAACAAAUAUCAGGGAUUUAACAUGAAUAUUUCUAUAACUUAGAACUAUAGAACAAAAUUCUAUUCUGUGGAAUCCUGUGUGUUUUAUUAAAAAGUAAUCUGCUAAUGACCAAGUGCAACAAGGAAAAAUGUGACAAGGA